AUGGCGCCUCGUCGCGGUCGCGAUGAACCUCAGGAGGAGGUCGAGGAGGAGCAGGGCGAAGAGCUCGUGAGCCUUCAAUUCGACGAGGAAUUGACGUGGAGACCCGGAAAGCCCAUACCCACCACAGAGCUGCUCAACCGCUUGCAGGCUCUCUACGAGGAGUUGAGCAGCAUCGACCAGGAUGCCGUCAAUGUCGAAUCUCUUAAUGAUGUCUCCCACGCCUUGGGCCAACGCAAUUUAUUGGCGCAUAAAGACAAGGGUGUGAAGGCGUAUACUGCAGUGUGCAUCUCGGAAAUCCUCCGCCUGUGCGCCCCCGACGCGCCCUUCACCGCAGACCAGACCAAGAUGUUCUUUAAUCUCCUCGUAUCCCAUAUCUUUCCGUCAUUGAGCGACCAGGCUCAUCCCUACCACAGCCAGCACAAGGCCGUGCUGACUGCACUUACCGAAGUAAAGAGUAUUCUUCUCAUCAACGAUGUCGAUGGUGCCGAUGAGAUGCUUCUCCGUCUUUUUUCUGUAUUUUUCGACGGUGUCUCGGGAGGCUCCAGCUCGGAAGAGGGCGUUUCCAAGGAAGUCGGUAAUACCAUGACAGAAAUGUUGAUCGCCCUUGUCGACGAGGCCUCCGGCAUGAACCCCAAGGUUAUCGAGGUCAUCAUGGCCCAAUUCCUUAGAGCGGCACCUCCGGGUGGACUCCAGAGCCGUACGGAUCGCGGCGAGCAGAACGGCAACCAGUCCACUUUGUUGCCCAAAGACGAACCACCAGCCUACAUCAUGGCGAAGGAAAUCUGCAACGUCUGCACCGAGAAAAUGGUGCACUACGUCAGCCAGUACUUCAGCGAUGUCAUCCUUGAUGCCUCGCGUUUUGCAGCAAAGACAGUAGGAAAGCACGACGAAGAGGACGAUGAGGAUGCUCCCAGAGGCCCGACGGAUUCGGAACUUAAGGAGCUCAGAAAAGCUCACUUCCUGAUUAGGGAACUCUGGCGCGCCUGUCCAUCUGUCUUGCAAAACGUUAUUCCUCAGGUUGAGGCUGAGCUCUCGGCCGACAACGUCGAUUUGCGACAACUGGCUACGGAAACUCUCGGAGACAUGAUUUCUGGACUUGGCGCUGCUGGCCCACCACCUCUCCCCGUUUUGGAUCCUGCUCAGUAUCCCCCGCUGCGCCUGGCCGAUGAGGCGCCCAGCCAAGUUUCCGAUAGCGUUCUCACAACGCCACUUUCGCCUCAGUCGUUUGCCCAAACUCACGCGACCGCGUACCACCAUUUUUUGGGCAGAAGAAACGACAAGACGGCGGCGAUUCGAGCUGCUUGGACCAACGCGGUUGGCUACAUUUUGGCUACUUCGGCCGGUGGCAUUGGCCUCAGCCGCGAGGAGCAAUCCGAGUUGGUAAAGUAUCUCGGUGAGAAGCUCAAUGACGGCGAUGAAAAGGUUCGACUGGCUGCUGUCAAGGUCAUGGAGCUCUUCAGCUUCCGCGACUUCGUUACCAAGCUUGGAGCACCUGGAGGCGUGGAUAAGGAUGGGUCCGUCCUCAACAGUCUCGCAGACCGCUGCCGUGACAAGCGUAAUGCUGUUCGAGUUGACGCAAUGACUCUGUUGGCGAAGCUCUGGGCUGUCGGCUCUGGCGAGUUGGCUGCUGGACAAGAGGCUGUUGUUGCAGCCCUCUCUGGAAUCCCUACACGCAUCUUCAAUGCAUUUUACGCCAACGAUCUCGAGCUCAAUAUCUUGCUUGAUCGCGUCCUUUUUGAAUGUCUGAUCCCGUUGAACUACCCGCCCAUCAAGACUCCGAAGAGCACCAGAGCGUCAUCAAGCCAGAGCCAACAGAACGCGGGCGUUGCCGAACAGGAUCGGAUCCGCGCAGAGAGGCUUCUGCUUCUGACGCAGUCGCUAGAUUCGGCCGCCAAGAAGGCCUUCUUUGCCAUGCAGGGUCGACAGCCUCAGUUUGCACAGGUCCUGGAGACUUUCGUCAAGCAGUGCGAGCUUUACAAUGGCGGUGUGAUGGACGACAACCGCCCGAAGAAGACGGCGAACCUGGAGCGUACAGUGGCGUACAUCACACAAUUCUUCCCGGAUUCAUUCAAGGUGAAGACAGACCUUCAAAAGUUCGCUAACCAGAACGACCGACGCGCAUACCAGCUUGUCAAGUACUCAGUCAGCUCCGAGAGUGAUUACAAAACGGUGCGACAAGCUAUCAAGGAGCUCGUGAAGCGUAUGAACGCUAGCCAAUCGGCGGCCGUUCUGGACACGCUGCUUCCUCUCCUUUACCGAUCGGCUUGCUUGCUGUUCAACCGCAGCCAUCUUGCGACUAUUCUUGACUACUCAAGAAACGACAAGGACGGCUACGGCACCGUCUCUCACGAGAUCCUCAAUGAGAUUUCACAGCGCAACCCUGAGCUGUUCAAGACUCACGUUGGGGGACUGUGCAAGGGUUUGAUCGACCAGGCACCGACCGAGACCAGCGAGAACGAUUCGAUAGUGGUAGACACUCUCAAGGCUUGCGCGUCUUACUCAAAGAAGUACCCGGAAGAGAUUCCGCAAGACCGCAAGUUCUCGCAAGCUCUGGUGAGCUAUGCUCUGUACGGCCGACCGGUCAAGUGUGCCAAGUACGCCAUCAAGAUUCUCCUCGCCAAGGGGGACGAGAAGGGACUUGUCAGCGCUACAGGUCUGUUGCAGAAGGUCAUGGAGGACUGGAAGUACGGCUCGCCUCACUUCCUAAACAAGUUGCAGGCUGUCGCGCAGCUGGAGCUCCAGGCACCCAAGAUUACCCUAGAUGCCGAUGACGAUAUUCUCAACAUGACGGUCCAGCAAAUCCUGCUGCAAGUUCGAGGGGAUGCUUCUGACAAGGACCCUAAGUGGGUCGAGGAUGCCGACAUGGACGAGGAACUGCAGGCAAAGUGCUUGUCCUUGCACAUCCUCGUCAACCGCCUGCGUAGCAUGCAGAAGGCCGAAGAGGCCCAGGAAAAGGCGCCUCCGGUCUUUAAGCUGCUCAAGACCUUGGUUGUCAAGAGGGGAGAGCUCUGCAAGACGAAGGAUACACCAGAGCACCACAAGUCAAGGCUUCGCCUACUUGCUGCUCAGCUUCUGUUGAAGCUAUGCACCAUCAAGCACUUCGAUGACCUGUUGACAUGCGCCGACUUCGAUCAUUUGGCCUUCACCGCCCAAGAUCCUGAGCUCCAGGUUCGGAAGGGCUUCAUCGAGAAGCUCCAAAAGUACUUGGCCCGAGGCAAACUUCGCGUGCGAUUCUAUACGAUCAUUUUCCUCACAGCGUUCGAGCCCAACUCCGACUUGAAGCAGCGUAUCGAGACCUGGAUUCGCUCCCGUGUGCGCGCGUUGGAGACGUCUGAGCAGCGUCCCAUGGAGGCCAUCAUGGCCAGACUUAUUUCUUUGCUGGCACAUCACCCCGACUUCAACAGACUACCUAACCUUGCAGAGGCCAGCGAGGAGGACCGAGCAUCUUAUGCCAGCGAUCUGGCUGACCACGGCCGCUACAUCCUAUACUACGUUUCGAACGUGGCGACCGAGGGUAACCUGGGUCUGAUCUUCAAGUAUGCUGAAAGAGUGAAGCAAACUCGUGACGCCAUCCAUCCCGAUGAGAGCGAGAACCUGCAAAUCAUCAGCGACCUGGCUCAGGCCGUCAUCAGAAAAUGGCAAGAGAGGAAGAACUGGAGUUUCCAGGCGUUCCCGACCAAGGUCGGUCUCCCUGUCGGUCUUUACACCGCUCUGCCCUCGCACCAGGUCGCCCAAGAGAUUGCCGAGAAGCAGUUCCUCCCUGUGGAAAUUGACGAGAAACUUGACGAUCUCUUCAAGUCCAUCGAUAGGAAGAAGAAGCGCAAGUCCAUGGACGAGAGGGGAGAUCGUCAACCGGCGGCGAAGAAGUCUAGGCAGAUUGCUAAGGUCAAGGAGCCCAGGCCACCCAAGCAGCCAAAGCCUCCCAAGGUCAAGAAACAGGCCGCUCCCAAGAAGCCCGCGAAGAUCAAGAAGCGCCCAGGUUCUGACAUACCCGAGGAGAACCGGAGGCGUAGUGGAAGAGCCACAAAGACUUCCCAGUAUGCCGAGCGCGACUCGUCUGAUGAUGACAAGGAGAUGUGGGAUGGCGUACAGUCGUGGGAGUACAUUGAGGGCGCACCAACGCCAGAGGCGGAGGGUUCCGCAUCGGAGUCCGAGGACUCGGAUAAGGACGGUGACUCAUCUGCCCUCUCAGACGUUCCGAAGGGCGACGACGAAGAGGAGGACGAGCCGGUCAAGGAGACGAGUGGCAAGGCGGAGGAAGAUAGGGAAGAUUCCCCGUUAUCAGACCUUGACGAAGCUGCUGCAAAGUCAGACAAAGAGGAAGAGGAAGAGGCCGACGACGAGGAAGAAGAGAAGGCCUCACCUCCGCCCAAGUCCAACGGACGCAAGGGCCGAUCAGCGGCAGCUUCCAAGGCAGCCGCAAAGACGAAGCUGCCGGCCCGUCCCGCACCAAAGGAGAAGGCCGCUCCCAAAACGGCAACCAGAAUAUCGGCGCGCAGCACACGGGGAAGGCCCGCUCAAGAAUCGAUGGACGUUGAUGACGACGAAUAG